UUGUUUUUGUGAAGGUUUUAAAUGGAAGUCGAUCCGGAAGAGCUUCAGGAGGAGAAUACAUCGUUCUACAAUGGCUAUCCACUUGACUUUGAGUACUUUAACAUGGCCCACGGCAUGCUCGUGGAAAUCAGCGAGGAGCUGCGCGAAAAGUUCCCUCAUGAGGAACACUUCAAGCUACAGCAGCUGAACACUCUUUACCUGGCCGCCCGGAGCAGCCAGAUGAUGAGAUUCGUGGAGGCUCUCAACACCGCCAACAGCAAGGCGGUGCAGACAUACCUGGUCAAUACAAAUUUCGAUCAGCCAGAUGGACAAUCGCUGACCCCGCUGACGAUGGCCGCCAUGUCGGGCAAUGUGACGUUUGUGAAGACCCUUCUCUCGCACUACGAUGUGGAUCUGGAGAGGGAAUGCAAUGUCAUCUUCGAUGGCCUGGUGGUGUAUGGGGCCACAGCCCUGUGGGUGGCUGCUGGCAUGGGACAUCUACAGAUCGUGAAGAUGCUGGUCCAGGCAGGAGCGGCUAUCAAUCACAAUACCAAGGCGCAAUCAUCGCCCUUGAGAGCUGCCUGCUACGAAGGUCGCCUGGACAUUGUCCAGUUCCUGAUAGAGCACGGAGCUGAUGUAAAUGCCACAAAUCUGUUCAACAACAAUACAUUGAUGAUUGCCGCCUACAAGGGGCACCAUCUAGUCGUGAAAACGUUACUGCAGAACGGUUCGCGUCCCAACGAUCAGGCGUUGUGCGGAGCUACUGCUCUGCACUAUGCGGCCGAGAGCAGCAACCUGGAUGUGGUGCUGGUUUUGCUGGAUCAUGGAGCCACAUUAAAGAAGAAUGAAAUCGGCAUAACACCCGCCCUGCAAGCAGCAGAGCGGCUGAAUGACGAUGUCGUCGAGGCCUUCAUACAGCGGCCGGAUCUGAUGAGCCUCGAGGAGCAGAUCACAGCAUUGGAACUACUCGGGGCCACUUAUGCCAAUGACAAGACCAAGUACGACAUCAAUCGGGCCUAUAGCUAUCUGCUGCGGGCCAUGCAGCUACGUUACAGCGAUCCCCGGGGCGUGAUCCGCAAGAAGGUUCAGCCGCCAGUGCCCGCCUAUGACAGUUGGUUUGAGACCGAGAACCUGCCCGAGCUGAACGCCAUCAAGCUGAACCAUCACUCCAUACACAUGGAGUCGCUGGCCAUACGAGAGCGCAUUCUGGGACGCAACAAUCCGGACGUCCCUCAGGCCAUUGUCUACCGUGGAGCUGUGAUGGCGGACCAUGGUCGCUUCGACCAGUGCCAGGUGCUGUGGAAUUAUGCCAUUGAUCUCCGCAUGCGUAACAAUGUCUCUGUGGAUCGCGAUCUGCUGCGCUUCGCCCAACUGUUUGCCCAGAUUCUGCGCGCGGAUAAUCACCGCCUCACCCUAGACCACGUUCUGCCCGUGCUGACCAAGUGCCAGCAGGAGAUAGAGAACAACAAGUUCAAGAUACGCCAAGCGAAGCCAAAUACGUGUGCCAGUCUGCUGCAGGACCAGAACAACCAGAACUGCAUUACAGCUUUAUAUUUAAUCAAGAUUGUUACCCAGUUGGCGCGUCGCAAGAAGGACCAGGACAUCAACGAAGAGCAUAUCCAACAACUCUUCCUUGUGGUCCGAAAGUUCAUACAGAACGACACUCGUCUCAACGAUGGGCAGACUCUGCUGCACAUCGCUGUCAAUGGUGUGAUGCCUGUGGAUGAGUUCUACACGAAUGAGAUGUGCAGGUUCCCGUGCUAUGCCACUGCCCUGGUGUUGGUCCACUGCGGGGCCUCUGUGGUGGCCGUGGAUGCAGCUCGCAAUACGCCUCUGCACAUACUGGUGUCCAAAGUGAAUUCCUCGCAAGACCGACAGGGCGAGAUGGCACGCAUUCUCCAGCUAUUCGUGGAGGCAGGAGCCCACUUGGAUGCAGUUAAUGCCGCGGGACAGACAGCGGCCGCGGCUUGCAAGUCUGGCCUGGCUACCUUGGCCAACCUACUGCACGGUCAUCAGAACGCCCACACCAGCCUCAAGUGUCUGGCGGCCCGCACAAUAGCCACCCACAGGCUGAACUUCAAGGGUCUGAUACCCAUGCAACUGGAGGCGUUCAUCCAAAUGCACAGCGUGCACAAAGUGCUACCGUAGAUAGCCAAAGGGAGCAAUACCCCACCCCAAUUACUGAGUCAUUAUAGCUGUGUGUAGUAUACUCUGAGUGUAUUCUGAGCCAUGUUGGAACGAACACGUAUACGUUUAUGUAUCAACUAUAUGUACAGCCUUUAGCCAUGUGUAUGUUGGUCUGUACGUAUAUCGAAUUUAGCGACUUAAUUUAGCCAAAAUGAAGAAAGGAAACGUUUACGUUCUAUUUUUGUACACUUUUUAUUUAUCAUUCGCCAUUCUUAAUUUAUUUACAAUUACAAUCUGCAACAACUUCGACUGUACUUGGACUGACUGUUUGUUUGUAACCAUUAACCAUUAAUCGUUAAUCAUUAAUCAUUAAUCAUAACCAUAAUUAUUAAUCAUACUUCUGUAGAAUCAUUUAUACAUUUUUCUAUGUAAAACUAUGUACUAUGAGUGGUGUAAUUAAUGUUAUUCGCAGUGCAAGAGGGCGCAGGCCACCUAAGUUCAAUCAAUCGAAUUGAUUUUGUUUCGUUUAGGUGCAACUAAAAUAAAGAUCAACCAAAAUCUA